GGCUAAUGCAUUCGAUUCAGUAACAGUUCAUUGAGGGAGCUCUCCUGGAGCAGAACAGGGAAGCCUGGAAACAUUUCUCUAACUUCUGAUCAAGCCUCGUCCUUGGCAAAUACUGUGAAAACGGGUUUAUCCAGUAACUAUUUACGCAUGUUGACAGUUUUAUAGUUUAUUAGUCUAAUUCUUUCGUCAUCCUGGAUUCAGAAAAUGUACGCAAUUUGACAAUUUCUCCUAUAAAGCUCCACCAUGAAGGACCGUGACUCUCUUUCCCUCCUGCAGUACCAAGGUUCAAGCAAAACUAGUUCUCAGUUCCCCUCUGCUGCUCUCCACCCAAGCUCUCCUGUAUUGGGGAAGCAACAGCCUUUCUGCCUACAGUCCGGCCAGCACCUCAUAGCCUCCAUGCAGCUCCAGAAACUCAACAGCCACUAUCAGAAUCUGGCUGUAUCCUCUACAGCUACCAAUGGAUCCAGCAGAGGGUAUGGAACCACCAUGCUGGGCCCAGGACAGGUUGCAACCCCUGGGGCAGCACAGGCACCUGGGAUCAUUGAUUCGGAUCCAGUCGAUGAAGAAGUUUUAAUGUCGCUGGUGGUGGAGCUAGGUUUGGACCGUGCCAAUGAGCUUCCAGAGCUAUGGCUGGGUCAGAACGAGUUCGACUUCAUCGCAGAUGUACCGGCUGGCUGCUGACCCUCUCGGAUACUCCCAGAUAUCUCUCGGCUACUGUCUUCCUUCUCGAAAUGAAAGUGACUAAUGAAUGGCAGUCAAAUUUGCCUAUGAAAAGAGUGCUUAAGUGUAAGAUUUGAACUGUCAAGAGCUGGAUAAAUAAGCUCAAAGUCUUGUAAGUUUGCUCUUUUGAAACUGAACCUGAAGGCUGUAGACUUCUGUCCAAAGUGAGAUUUUAUAUAGUUUUCUCUAACUGGAGGAAGCAUUUUUCUUUGACCAUGUCAUCAGACUUGAGCUUAUGUCAUAAGCUAUAAACUAAAACGGAGGACUACCUACACACACCAAAAGGGUCAUGUGGCCAGCCUUAAGACUUUCUCCCUGUGCCAUCUGUUGUCCUGAGUCCUCUCACACUACUUUAUAAAAAUAAAUAUAGAAUAAAAUCAUGCUAUAUGAUAUCAAUUUCAUCUUCGAUCUUUUUAGAUGGUCCCCAAAUCAUUGUCAUAAUCUCAGAAUAAGGCUUGAGGAAGAGACAUUGGGAAAAUAUGGUAGAUAUUAAAGGUUUUAAGCCAGUCUGACUUCAAGACCAGAUCUAGACUAAGAGCCGAAUGGUGUUGUAUGUAAUGGAAGGCUAUAGUGAAACUGGUCCAUUAUUUGAGAUAUUCCCUCGAGAAGCCAUGUCAUUGGUCACAGAGGAACUCGACCUGGCCGAACGUUUUCCGUGAUUAAAUAAAUUAAUGAGAGACGUGUCUGUUUACUCCACAGUCAGCCUGCAUGGACGGAUAGCUUUAUUCUUUGUUUAUUCUUUGUUUAGCAAUGAUAGGACUUACCAUGCACUUACGUAGAGCAACUCUGGAAAAAUGUCAACAUGGUCAUCCAUUUACAUUUCUCUUCUAUUUAUUCUCAAUGUCUUGUAGGCUGUGAGAAAAAUGAGCUUCAUUGCAAUGUAGAUUUAAGCAGGCCAGAAUCCACAAAUAUGUUCAUGCUUUAAACACAUUUGGAAAGUACAUGGGAAGAGGAGGGAGAUAUUUUCUGUCUGUUGUUUUACUUUACUAUUUUUGAAAUUUGGGACUCACUGAAAUGUAAUCAAAGAUUUUUUUGUUUAGCACUUUUCUCCCAUCCAUUUGUGUUUCUACAUAAGAUAUGUUUAAAUGUGUUUAAACGUGUACUUUUCUAUUUUUUCUGAAUUUGAGAUAAAGUAAUAAAGCAUAA